AUCGCAAAGUUGAUAAUGUGGUAUUCAACAUGGCGGCGUAGUCAGUGUUGUGUGUGCUAGUUAAAGUGGAUUGAAUGGAUUUAUUCGUGAAUUAUGCCGAGAAAACGUAAUGGUGAAAUCCCUUUGCCCGACGGUUGGGAUUUCGGACGAGAUUAUGACGGGAAAAUUUAUUUCAUUGACCACAUUUCCAAGAAAACUACGUGGAUUGACCCCAGAGACAGAUAUACCAAACCACAAACGUUUGCGGAUUGUAUAGGAAACGAAUUACCUUUAGGAUGGGAAGAAGCUUUCGAUGGCCAUAUUGGUCCCUAUUAUAUAGAUCAUGUAAAUCAAGCAACACAAUUAGAAGAUCCAAGGCAAGAAUGGAGGGCAAUUCAGGAAGCCAUGUUAAGAGAUUACCUCAUUACUGCUCAAGAUGUUUUAGAAGCCAAAAAAGAUAUUUAUCAAGUUAAAACUCAAAGGCUUCUUCUAGCUCAGGAUGAAUACAAUCAUCUUAAUAACGCCCUAACGAACCUCACUACAUCUAGAACAAGCUUAUGCUCAUCCAGUAGUAGUGUUAGUACAAAAUACGAUCCUGACCUCUUGAAAUCCGACGUAGCAUUGGCCAAAAACCGAGUGUCCAGGUUGAAGUCGGAGUUGGAACAAAUUAGGAACGAAAUGAAUUAUACAGAAAGGGGCGUCGAAACAUUAACAAACGUGGAGCAAAAGCUGAGCAAACGCCAGGGGACGUAUUACAACAUAUCGGAAGCCCAAGCCAUUAUGGUGGAGUUACGCAACAUCCAAAAAUCCUUAUCUUCCGGCGAGAAAGAAAAGGCGGACUUGAUGCAGUCGUUGGCGAAGCUCAAAGACGACUUGACUAGGCUGCAGUUGUCUGAAAGUUCGCCGGACAUUUCCACCCUUAGCUUACCUCAAGAGAAACUCAGCACGGCUUCCCAAACUGAUCUGUCGUGCGAAUUGGUACCUAUAGGCACGAGACUGGCGGAGAUGGCUAAAAUGAGGCUAGAGUACGACGAAGCGAGGAAAAAAGUACAAAACAUCCAGCAGAAAUUGGCCGAUCUCGAAGAAAAAGUGCAACCGGGCCAGGUGGAAUCCGAUAAGGAUAGGUUGUUGCUGUUCCAAGAAAAGGAACAGCUGCUGAGAGAGCUCAGGAGCAUAACGCCUCGCAUGCGUUCUAAAGAGGAAAUGAGCGGAAUUCAACUCGAGUGCAAACGGUUAGAAGAAGACUUAAACAAAGCUUUAGAAAUUUCCAAUCGAGCCAUCGCCGACAGACUGAGAUUACACGAGGAAAAACAACUUCUGCUUCAGCAACUAAAGGACGGUUUAAGGCAAAUGACCCAGCUGGAAUCCCAAUUGAAAACCCUUUCAGCUAGUACAUUGUCAGUUAGUAGUAGUUCUAGUCUAGGCUCCUUAUCCACAACAAGUAGUAAAGGAUCGCUAAGUUCCGGUUUAAGUUUUACAGACAUUUACGGAGGUCCCCAAUGCAUAAGUACAAAUAACAUAGAAAAACCGAUCGAUAUGGCGGACUUGCAUAAACGCGUCGAAAGGUUAUUAAAGAAUAGUGAUAGUACCACACAAUUAGGAUCGCCCAGUCGAUCGCAACCGUCCUUAUCUCCGAGGAGUUCGUUGUCUUCCGUAUCGCCGCCGGUUUCGCCGAUGUACGAAAACCUGCCGAGCAUAGUACCGCCGCCCGCCUACGAUCAAGUGAAACGCGACAGGAAACAACUCGACGAACGCCUGGUCGAAUUGAGGCUUUCGACGCCGUCGAUGGCGAGCGCCGCCAACGUCGAAUACCAGCAGAGGAGCUCGUUCCCCAGCCUGUCGCCUCUGACGGACCUGCUGGAGGCGCAGGCCAGCAACAUGUCGCAGGGCUCCGGCCUGGGCAGGCCGUGCCGCUACUCGUACGAGAGUUCCGGCGAUCCGCCGCUGUCGCCCAUAUCGGAGACCUCGCCGGCGGCGCUCGACCACGACGACAUGCUGCAGGGCGCGGCGCUGUCCAGGACGUCGUCCUCGGGCACGAACACGCGCUCCGUCUCGGCCGCCGUCAGCGACGAAUCGGUCGCCGGCGAUUCGGGCGUCUUCGAGGCGUCGAAUCGCAAGAGAGCGUCGCUCGGUUUCGCCGCCGACGUCGAUGUCGAAACCGCACAAGUACAAAUUAAACUUAAAUAUAUCACGACUGAAAGUAUGCUCAAUAUAAUUAUAGAGAAGGCGAGGAAUUUGAGUGCCCUGUUGAUUCCCAAUAAUUCUGAAGUAUAUGUAAAAAUUGCUCUGCUGCCAGCGGCGUCAACGCAUCCAUCGGUAUUUUGUACAAAAAGUGUGAAAGAUUUGAAAAAGGCGACAUUCGCCGAUGCCUUCAAUAUUCCAGUACCUGUCAAUAAACUAUUUACUAAGACUCUCCAAGUGAAUAUAUGGAACAAAAUCAUUGAACAACAGGACAAAUGUGUGGGUUGCGCGCAAGUUAGCUUAGCGGACUUCAACGCUCACAACGUCUCGCAAAAGUGGUACAACAUCUUGUCUCUCCAAGAAGAAACCACGUCGAGUUUGGCCCAUUCGAAGCAAGAAUCGGAAAUAUCUGUUCGCGACGACAAGCAAACGGCCAAAGAAGAGAGUUCCGACGAUUCGACGAUCAUAUCGUCGCAAACGUCGACGUUGACCAGGAACCAGGAGACCGUGUUCCCGCCGGCGUUGAAUUUGAACUUCGAGGAGCUCUACGAUUGCUUCAAAAACUCGCAGCACUACGACUCGGAGGAUUCGGACGCGGAUUUGGAAGACGACGAAGAGUGCGACGAGGAAGGCAUAACGGUGGAGUUCAGGCCCAACGAGAAAUUGGACGUCGUUCCGGAGCACGUCGUCGACGACGAACCCGAGUAUUCCGACAAGCAGACGAACACCGAGUGCGCUUUUCAUCCCGAACAGGCCAAGCAGAAGAGGCUGCAAGCCGCCAAACCGGGCGCUGUUGUUGAAGAUAGAGGCGCUAUAAAGAGAUCUCAAACGUUUUCGCCUAGCCAGCACGUGUCCAAAAACCAGUAUAUUUGCAAGUUGAACCGAAGCGACAGCGACAGCGCGAUGCCUUUGUACCGAAGAGGAGGCAAGCCGUUCGAAAGGCACGCAGUUGAACGGAGGUCCCUGCGUUUCCGAAGGCCCGGCGGUAGCGUUACAACUCUUUCCGUUACUAAAUCCCAGAGCCAUCAUCCCACCACCGCUCGGACGUCCAUCGAUCUGGAACUGGAUCUUCAGGCCCAGCACACGCGACUGGAUAAACUCACGUCCGAAUUGUCGAGGUUGAGAGAGUUGAAAGAAAGACUGGAAACGGCGAAGGAACAGGGAGAUACUGAACUGACCGCCUAUCUGUUGGAAGACAAGCAGUUUCAGAAUCUCAUGGCCCAGGCUGAGAGCUGUCGAGCGACUAAGAGCUUAGAAGAGAAGAAGGUCGAGAAAAUGUUGAAGAAAGUAUCGAAAGAUAUUUACAAGUUGAGAAAGUCCAAAGCGGGUAAUGGAAAACCCGACGUUAUUUCCUUCCAAGAGAAAAUGGCAUUUUUCACUCGUUCAGACACCAACGUACCUUUUCUUCCUUCUCACGACGAGUGCCAUUCAACCAACAAUACGUUAAAACGUUCGUCGAUUGAAGAUAAAUCAGAUGAAAAAUGUUUAGUUACUGACGAAAUUCAAGAAAAUGGAUUAGAUAACAUAGAUGAGAAAAACAAUUCCGAAAAAAGGUAUGAUUACGUCGUCGACAGAGUAUUAGGCGUUGAAGUUUAAUAUUUAUUUAAUAUGACCGUAAUAAGUUUGAAAUUCGUUUUAAGAUAUUUAACGAUUUCAGUGAUUAGCGUCGAAAUAUAAAUUAAUUUUUCGGGAAAUAUUUUGAAAUGAAUUAUAUUUGUACAUAGCAUGUAAAAUUAUUGUAAAAUUGUCAAUAAGUUGUUCCAUAAUCUCGAGGAGUGUGCCACACGUAGUUUAUAUGUUAAAUAUUUAAUGCUAGUUACUAUAUUAGUAGACAAUAAAAUUAUAAAUGUCCAAUUUGGAGUUAUCGAAAAUAAUAAUAUGUAGCAAUUUCGCAUUAAAAAUCUCCAAUGCUUGUGCCGUACCAAAGUUGGCUGUAACUAAAUUACUCAUAUUUUGUAUUGUUGUAUCCAAUAUUAUAUUCCUAUUAGACAUUUUAUGUUGUGUUUUUGAAAGCCAUGCAUUUUAUAAUACUUUGUUCAUAUUCUGUCACAUUUAUUAAAUUAUUGUUGAUCACGAUGAAAUAUUCAAAGAACUUUUAUCAUUGUUAUUAUUCUGUGAUGUUGUGCCUUCAGAUCUGAUCAUAUUUAUGGAUUAGCUUACUUCUAUAAAUCAUAUUAUAGUUAUAUCGAUGUGUAUAAAUUAUUUCUAUUAUCUAAAAAUGUAAGAUAAUCCAUAACGAAAAAAUUACCAAUCGUGAGGUUUAAUUAAUCAAUAAAUUUGGGACAAAUGUUCUGAAUUUCCUGUAUCUUUAAGGACUAUAUCAUUACUAAAAUAACGUUUGUCCUAAUUUCAUUGAUUGUUGAGGUACAAUUUACUUGGCCUUCUUGUUAUUUAUAAGUAUAAUAGGAUAAACUAUUUUAAAGUAUAUGUCUGUACUGUACUUGAAAAUCAAAAUGUGCCUUCAUUUAUUGAAAUUAACGAAAAAUCCGUCACAUGCAUUGACUGUUGCAAAACUGCUCGAAUUAAAUACAUAUUUUCGUUAUUUACAUGUUUGUCCAAGAUGCUAUUGUGGUGCAGCUAUUGAUGAAGUUUUAAAAAUUAGGAAAAAAUUUGCAUAGUAUUAGAGAAAUUUAAGGUUAUUCUCAAAAAUCUACAUCUCGAAAUGACAAAAAAAUUCUCAAAUUGAAAUUUGUAUUUACAAUAAUAUGCUACACAAACGGUGUUCAAUUUACGAAAAACUAUUAUGUUCACGCUGUACAGUUUUUAAUGUUCAAAACUUGUGUAAAUUCGCUGAAUCAUAAUUUUUAUAUUUUUUUACUAGUGUCAUUUCAACUAUAUUAGUUGGAUAUAUUUAUCUCUUAAAUCGACUUCUUGAUUUUUGUGUUUUUUGUAUUAUAUGUAAAUAUUAAAAAAAUUGUUUUAAGAAAACAUAAAUUAUAUAUAAAUAUAUAAAAAUACGUUCUUAUUAAAGAUAUAUGGUUCUAAUAUUGAAAUAUCUAAUAAAAA